GGAGAAAUUAGGGAAACUGAGAUAAACUAGUAAAACUACCGAACAACAGCACAUCCACUUUCUCUGUCUUCCGUUCUCUUUCAACCGUACUUCUCUUUCUCUCUUCUCCAUUGAAGCGGCUUUAAAUGGGUGAAUCAAUUCAAGGGAGUAUUCUAAGCAGGAUGGAUACGAGGGUUCGUUCAGAGCUCAUGGAUAAUGUGAUUUACCUGUUGGCUACUGUUAUGCUAAUAUUGGGUUUUACAGCCCAGUUCUCAUCUCAGCAGACAUCUGGACUUAUACUUGUUGCGGCUGGAUUUUUCUUCAUCACAAUUGUCAAUUUACGUGGUUUCAUACUUCGCCUUCAAGGAAAGAUUGAGUUUGAUAUGUUUGUUGGUAGUCUUCAAUGUUUUGGUUCGCUUUUGUCCUUCUUAAGCAUCCUCUCCAUUAUCAUUCAGGCUAAAAUUGUAUUCAUAUGGUUGGGCAUAGUCGGAAGUUUUUUUGAUGUUCAUUGGAGGAUUAUUGAAUGUUCUAAAGGUUUACAAGAUGCAAUCUAAUGAAUUGUCAGAAGCCACAAAAAUAUGUGAACCAACAAGCCCUCUUAAAGCUUCGCUUAUGGGUAAGGUUUAAUAAUGGAGACUUAAUAUUAGCUUAGUUUAUUGGUGUAAUUAUAGAAAGUAAUGUAAAUGACAGUAUGACAUUUUCAUGUUUAUGAGUAUGUUGAUGAGUUGUUAAAUACUAUGUAAUUGGUUUUUUAUGUUAGUUCCUAGUACUCUCUAGAGUUUUCUUAUAAGUAUUGUACUCUGAUAAUGAGAAAUUUAUUUAUAGUUUUUUCAAGUAUUACCAAUUUACCAUA